AUGGCAGAGGUUAGAUGUCGUAUCUCAGACGAAGAUAUCGUAGAAGGUUAUCUGAGGCCAAAGGCGAACGGGGCAGCAACAGCAAACCCGAGAUACAUCGUAGACAACAUGGAGGAGGAUGUGUACAAACGAGAGCCGUGGCUGCUUCCGCAACCAACAGAUCCGAUCCUAAACCCUAACGAGUGGUUGUACUUGGGGAAACGGGAUUGGAAAUAUCUGUCGGCAGAAGGAGUUGAUUGUGAGGGAUCGUGGAUGCCCGUCGAAGGUCGUAGCCGGAUCAUGUCUGAGGAUUCGGGUGAAUUAAUUGGGGGAAGCAUGAGAUUCAGAUAUUGCUUCAGGAACAAGAACGAUAAAUCAACUCCUAUGGACUGGAGCAAUUGGUUCAUGCGAGAGUAUCGUCUCUGUGACAAAUUCGGCAACCCCAUCAAAACACGUCAUGUUCUCUGCAAGAUUACUUCCAUAUCUUCUUCUGUAUCGAGUUCACCUAAGUCCACUCUCAGAGGCAAACGUCUGGACUUCUCCUCAACAACACCUGAACCUCGGUGUUUCUCCUUUGAUAACAGACUGAAGAGCCCAUGUUUGGCCCACAAGGAACCAGAUUCUCCUAGCCUUACAUUCAGACAAGAUAACUUAUCCACGGAACCUAGGUGUUUCUCCUUUGACAGUAGACUAAAGGAACCUCGUUCUAAUGCUCGGAAACUCAACCCAACAGUAGAUUCUCAGGGCUUCUCCUUUGACAGUAGACUGAAGGAACCUGGUUCUGCUGCUAGGAAACUUAAUCAAGAAGCCCCAACAGUAGAUUCUUCUCAGUGCUUCUCCUUUGACAAUAGACUGACGCAACCUGGUUCUUCUGCUAGGAAACUCAACCAAGAAAGCUCAGCAAUCGAUUCACGGUGUUUCUCCUUCGACAAUAGGCUGAAAGAUCAGUCUCUUUACGAGGAAGAGGACAAUGAUUCAUUUGUUCGCCGUUGCCAGUCCACUCUUAACCAACGUUCCGCCUUCAACAACCGAAUAUCUCCACCAGAAUACAUACACAAUGGGUCAAACACUGCAAGCCUUGCAGAACACAUGGGAACUAAGAUAUCAGAUCACAUAUUCAUGACACCAAACAAGCUAUCAGAGGAAAUGAUAAAGUGUGGAUCAGCUAUAUACUCCAAGCUCGCUGAUCCUCCAUCGAUAGACCACAGUUUCUCAUCCCCAAGCUUCAGAAAUAACUCCUCUUUUGAUGAUCAGCUCGAGUUCAGCGGACCUUAUAGCUCAAUGAUUGAAGUGUCACACAUUCAUAAAAACCAUAGGAGAGGACGUGACCUUGACUUGAUGAACCGAAACUUCAGGUCAGCCUAGCAGCUCUAUUAGUGUCCAUCAAAAUCAUGUUUCUUCCACUGAACACGAAACUAUAUUCAUUUAUAGAUAAGAAAAAAGAGUUUUGAGUAAUUUUCACUACUUCCUUUCUAUCAAUUUUAUUAGAGAAAAAAACCAAAAUAACACCAAACCAAGUUUUUGUCACAAAAAUAGCAGCACAAGGAGAAAAAUGACAAAAAUAAGUUUUAUUGAAGGGUAAAUAUGCAUUUAUAAUCUUUGGUUAAUUAUUCUAAGACUUAGGGUUUAGAGUUAAGGGUGAGUUUUUAG